UAAAAUUAAAUAUGAAAUCCUUAGCCAUUAUAACAUUUUUGGCCAUUUGCAGUUUGACGGCAGCAGGAUAUUUUAACCACGGCGCCAGUAGUUAUGCCAUAAUAACAAAACAUGAGCCUUCGUUGAAUUACCACCAUCAAGGUUUGUCGUCUGGUGGUUAUGGUGGUGGUGAUAGUUAUGGCUGGUCGGAUGGUGGCUACGAUGAUGGACUUUCAGGAAGUCAUGGCUGGUCGGGAGGACACGGUGGCUGGGAUCAGCAUGAUUAUUAUUCUCAUCCUAAAUAUGAAUUUAAAUAUGGCGUUAAGGAUUUAAAAACAGGUGAUAUCAAGGAUCAAUGGGAAGAAAGAGAUGGCGACAAAGUUAAAGGAAGCUACUCUUUGAAAGAAUCCGAUGGUACCACUCGUAUUGUGGAAUAUCAUGCCGAUAAACAUAACGGUUUCAAUGCUGUAGUCAAGAAAAUUGGUCACCCUGAAGUUCUACAUAAAUCUUAUUAUGGCGGUUGGGAAGGAAGUUAUGCAGGCCAAGGUCAUGGACAUGCUACCAGUUAUGCUUCUGUGAAGCUAGUACAUUAA